CCACCAGCCGCCAAGAUGUGCGACUGCUUCCACGUGGUGCUGCCCACCUGGCCCGGAGCCCCCGGCAGCGUGACUGGACGGCAGCUGCAGAGCCAGGAGCCGGGGGUUGAGACGGAAGAGGACGACUCUGUGACCGAAGGGCCCGUGGGUGAGAUCAUUCGGCCAAGGCCGCAGGGGUCCUCCCCUGUCUAUGAACACACAGUUGAAGGUGCUGGCUUUGGAGCCCAGGAAAACAACCAGGGCAGGCACAGCUCCUCUGGCAGACGGAGAUCCUGGUGGAAGAGGGAUUCAGGAGAAUCCACAGCCUUCUCCAGUAUGAAUCAUCCAGAGUCUACACAGGAUGCAACAGAGGUGACACUGAAGACGGAGGUGGAGUCAGGAGCCAGUGGCUACACUGUCACAGGUGGAGGGGACCAGGGGAUCUUUGUCAAGCAAGUCCUGAAGGACUCCUCCGCUGCCAAACUAUUCAGCCUGAAAGAAGGGGAUCAACUUCUCAGUGCAACCAUAUUCUUUGACCACAUGAAAUAUGAAGAUGCUCUUAAAAUCCUUCAGUAUUCAGAACCAUACAAAGUUCAGUUCAGAAUCAAACGGAAACUCUCUGCCAGCAAGGGAGAGGAGUCAGCCAUUCAGCAAUCUCAGCAAGGCUUGAAAGGCCAGGAAAAACAGGACAAGGACAGUGCGGAGGGAUACAUGGAGACCCCUACAAAGACGCUAGAGGCAGAUGGAGACCGAGAAAGGCUUAUUUCUAAGUCCAGGGAUGGUCGCCAGAGGCGGCCCCAGGACAGACUCUCCUGGCCAAAAUUUCAAGCCUUAAGGAGCAAGCGGGGGACAGGCCCCCGACGCUCACACAGUUCCUCAGAAGCCUCAGAGCACAGGGACACACGUGAUGUGUCCCCCACAAGCACAGACACAGAGGCCCAGCUGACAGCUGAGAGCCGAGAGCAGAAAGCAGGGUCAGGAAGACGGAGGAGGAGGUUCCUGAACCUGAGAUUUGGGAUGAGCUCAGGGCAAGGCCCAAAUACAAAUGAGCAAGUGGGCAGAGACCUCCAGGACAGACAGGAUCAUGCUGGAGUGCUGCAAGAGUCCCAGCCCCAGGAGGACGGGACACAGGCACCCGGAUUCAGGUCGGCUCUAACUAUGCAGAAGCCUACGAAGAAGCCCAGUCAUCCCAACUUGGACCAGGAAGGCCCUGGAGAAAUGGUAGUGAAAACAGACAGACAUCACAGAAAGAAGAAGCAGUUGGCAAAACAAGAAAGGGAGAAGACACUUGGCCAGCAUAGAGCUGAGACAGCCCGAGCAAAGAGCUGGGAUGACGAAUGGGAAGAGGUAGAGAGCCUGGAAAUAGGCAUUGCAAGAUUGUCUCUGCAAGACAAACCAGACCAAGGCAGCUCACAGGUUUCACCAUGCAACGGGAAAACCAGGGAAACUGGGAUUUCCCAAAACAAGAUGAAAGAGACAAAAAGAGACAUGAAAGAAGUUGUCCUAGCAGACAGAGGACAGCAAGAAUCAGGGUACAGGGACGGAAAAAAGAUGCAGGUACAAGGAGAUUCACAAGAAGGAACAGGGGAAAAUGAAGAGAAUGAGAGAGAAGACAAGGAACAGGUAACACAAAUAGAACAAAUGAAGCUGAAGAUGCCCAAAUUCAGAAUACCAACUUUUGGAUGGUCUCCAACAAAGGAAGUAAGAGCAAGAAAAACCAGACAGGAAUUGAAGACAUCAGACUAUGAAACACUGGAUGAGGAAACACUAAAGGAGGCUGUACAGAGAGAACAUAGAGACUAUGAAAAGGACAGAGACACAACAGAGGAGAAAGAAAACAGAGAGAGAACAAAGACCAGGGAAGAGGAACAAAAAACUACCGAAAAAGGAGAGUGCUCACAAAGAGAACUAAAUUUCAAGAUGCCCAAGUUCAAGAUGCCCUCCUUCGGCGUGUCCGCGCCUGGCAAGCCCUCCGUGGAGGCCUCGCUGGAGGUGGCGGCGCCCAAGGUGGAGGCGGACGUGGCCCUGCCCUCCGUGCAGGGCGACCUCAAGACCCCUGACCUCAGCAUUCAGCUGCCCGCCGCCGACCUGGAGGUCAAGGCCGGCCAGGUGGGCGUGAAGCUGCCCGAGGGCCAGCUGCCCGAGGGAGAGCUGGCCGCACAGGCUGCUGCAGGAGCCGGCCUGAAGGGCCACCUGCCCAAGGUGCAGAUGCCCAGCCUCAAGAUGCCCAAGGUGGACCUCAAGGGCCCGCACGUGGAGCUGAAGGGCCCCAAAGUGGACGUGAGGGGCCCCAAGGGCGAGCUGAGCGGCCCCGACGUGGACGUGAGCCUGCCCGGCGUGGAGGUGGACAUCCAGGCGGGUGCCAAGCUGGAGGGGGACCUGGCACUGGCCGACAAGGACGCGGGCGCCAAAGACAGCAAGUUCAAGAUGCCCAAGUUCAAGAUGCCCUCCUUCGGCGUGUCCGCGCCUGGCAAGCCCUCCGUGGAGGCCUCGCUGGAGGUGGCGGCGCCCAAGGUGGAGGCGGACGUGGCCCUGCCCUCCGUGCAGGGCGACCUCAAGACCCCUGACCUCAGCAUUCAGCUGCCCGCCGCCGACCUGGAGGUCAAGGCCGGCCAGGUGGGCGUGAAGCUGCCCGAGGGCCAGCUGCCCGAGGGAGAGCUGGCCGCACAGGCUGCUGCAGGAGCCGGCCUGAAGGGCCACCUGCCCAAGGUGCAGAUGCCCAGCCUCAAGAUGCCCAAGGUGGACCUCAAGGGCCCGCACGUGGAGCUGAAGGGCCCCAAAGUGGACGUGAGGGGCCCCAAGGGCGAGCUGAGCGGCCCCGACGUGGACGUGAGCCUGCCCGGCGUGGAGGUGGACAUCCAGGCCGGGUGCCAAGCUGGAGGGGACCUGGCACUGGCCGACAAGGACGCGGGCGCCAAAGACAGCAAGUUCAAGAUGCCCAAGUUCAAGAUGCCCUCCUUCGGCGUGUCCGCGCCUGGCAAGCCCUCCGUGGAGGCCUCGCUGGAGGUGGCGGCGCCCAAGGUGGAGGCGGACGUGGCCCUGCCCUCCGUGCAGGGCGACCUCAAGACCCCUGACCUCAGCAUUCAGCUGCCCGCCGCCGACCUGGAGGUCAAGGCCGGCCAGGUGGGCGUGAAGCUGCCCGAGGGCCAGCUGCCCGAGGGAGAGCUGGCCGCACAGGCUGCUGCAGGAGCCGGCCUGAAGGGCCACCUGCCCAAGGUGCAGAUGCCCAGCCUCAAGAUGCCCAAGGUGGACCUCAAGGGCCCGCACGUGGAGCUGAAGGGCCCCAAAGUGGACGUGAGGGGCCCCAAGGGCGAGCUGAGCGGCCCCGACGUGGACGUGAGCCUGCCCGGCGUGGAGGUGGACAUCCAGGCCCCGGGUGCCAAGCUGGAGGGGGACCUGGCACUGGCCGACAAGGACGCGGGCGCCAAAGACAGCAAGUUCAAGAUGCCCAAGUUCAAGAUGCCCUCCUUCGGCGUGUCCGCGCCUGGCAAGCCCUCCGUGGAGGCCUCGCUGGAGGUGGCGGCGCCCAAGGUGGAGGCGGACGUGGCCCUGCCCUCCGUGCAGGGCGACCUCAAGACCCCUGACCUCAGCAUUCAGCUGCCCGCCGCCGACCUGGAGGUCAAGGCCGGCCAGGUGGGCGUGAAGCUGCCCGAGGGCCAGCUGCCCGAGGGAGAGCUGGCCGCACAGGCUGCUGCAGGAGCCGGCCUGAAGGGCCACCUGCCCAAGGUGCAGAUGCCCAGCCUCAAGAUGCCCAAGGUGGACCUCAAGGGCCCGCACGUGGAGCUGAAGGGCCCCAAAGUGGACGUGAGGGGCCCCAAGGGCGAGCUGAGCGGCCCCGACGUGGACGUGAGCCUGCCCGGCGUGGAGGUGGACAUCCAGGCCCCGGGUGCCAAGCUGGAGGGGGACCUGGCACUGGCCGACAAGGACGCGGGCGCCAAAGACAGCAAGUUCAAGAUGCCCAAGUUCAAGAUGCCCUCCUUCGGCGUGUCCGCGCCUGGCAAGCCCUCCGUGGAGGCCUCGCUGGAGGUGGCGGCGCCCAAGGUGGAGGCGGACGUGGCCCUGCCCUCCGUGCAGGGCGACCUCAAGACCCCUGACCUCAGCAUUCAGCUGCUCGCCGACCUGGAGGUCAAGGCCGGCCAGGUGGGCGUGAAGCUGCCCGAGGGCCAGCUGCCCGAGGGAGAGCUGGCCGCACAGGCUGCUGCAGGAGCCGGCCUGAAGGGCCACCUGCCCAAGGUGCAGAUGCCCAGCCUCAAGAUGCCCAAGGUGGACCUCAAGGGCCCGCACGUGGAGCUGAAGGGCCCCAAAGUGGACGUGAGGGGCCCCAAGGGCGAGCUGAGCGGCCCCGACGUGGACGUGAGCCUGCCCGGCGUGGAGGUGGACAUCCAGGCGGGUGCCAAGCUGGAGGGGGACCUGGCACUGGCCGACAAGGACGCGGGCGCCAAAGACAGCAAGUUCAAGAUGCCCAAGUUCAAGAUGCCCUCCUUCGGCGUGUCCGCGCCUGGCAAGCCCUCCGUGGAGGCCUCGCUGGAGGUGGCGGCGCCCAAGGUGGAGGCGGACGUGGCCCUGCCCUCCGUGCAGGGCGACCUCAAGACCCCUGACCUCAGCAUUCAGCUGCCCGCCGCCGACCUGGAGGUCAAGGCCGGCCAGGUGGGCGUGAAGCUGCCCGAGGGCCAGCUGCCCGAGGGAGAGCUGGCCGCACAGGCUGCUGCAGGAGCCGGCCUGAAGGGCCACCUGCCCAAGGUGCAGAUGCCCAGCCUCAAGAUGCCCAAGGUGGACCUCAAGGGCCCGCACGUGGAGCUGAAGGGCCCCAAAGUGGGUGAGGGGCCCAAGGGCGAGCUGAGCGGCCCCGACGUGGACGUGAGCCUGCCCGGCGUGGAGGUGGACAUCCAGGCCCCGGGUGCCAAGCUGGAGGGGGACCUGGCACUGGCCGACAAGGACGCGGGCGCCAAAGACAGCAAGUUCAAGAUGCCCAAGUUCAAGAUGCCCUCCUUCGGCGUGUCCGCGCCUGGCAAGCCCUCCGUGGAGGCCUCGCUGGAGGUGGCGGCGCCCAAGGUGGAGGCGGACGUGGCCCUGCCCUCCGUGCAGGGCGACCUCAAGACCCCUGACCUCAGCAUUCAGCUGCCCGCCGCCGACCUGGAGGUCAAGGCCGGCCAGGUGGGCGUGAAGCUGCCCGAGGGCCAGCUGCCCGAGGGAGAGCUGGCCGCACAGGCUGCUGCAGGAGCCGGCCUGAAGGGCCACCUGCCCAAGGUGCAGAUGCCCAGCCUCAAGAUGCCCAAGGUGGACCUCAAGGGCCCGCACGUGGAGCUGAAGGGCCCCAAAGUGGACGUGAGGGGCCCCAAGGGCGAGCUGAGCGGCCCCGACGUGGACGUGAGCCUGCCCGGCGUGGAGGUGGACAUCCAGGCCCCGGGUGCCAAGCUGGAGGGGGACCUGGCACUGGCCGACAAGGACGCGGGCGCCAAAGACAGCAAGUUCAAGAUGCCCAAGUUCAAGAUGCCCUCCUUCGGCGUGUCCGCGCCUGGCAAGCCCUCCGUGGAGGCCUCGCUGGAGGUGGCGGCGCCCAAGGUGGAGGCGGACGUGGCCCUGCCCUCCGUGCAGGGCGACCUCAAGACCCCUGACCUCAGCAUUCAGCUGCGCGCCGACCUGGAGGUCAAGGCCGGCCAGGUGGGCGUGAAGCUGCCCGAGGGCCAGCUGCCCGAGGGAGAGCUGGCCGCACAGGCUGCUGCAGGAGCCGGCCUGAAGGGCCACCUGCCCAAGGUGCAGAUGCCCAGCCUCAAGAUGCCCAAGGUGGACCUCAAGGGCCCGCACGUGGAGCUGAAGGGCCCCAAAGUGGACGUGAGCCCCAAGGGCGAGCUGAGCGGCCCCGACGUGGACGUGAGCCUGCCCGGCGUGGAGGUGGACAUCCAGGCCCCGGGUGCCAAGCUGGAGGGGGACCUGGCACUGGCCGACAAGGACGCGGGCGCCAAAGACAGCAAGUUCAAGAUGCCCAAGUUCAAGAUGCCCUCCUUCGGCGUGUCCGCGCCUGGCAAGCCCUCCGUGGAGGCCUCGCUGGAGGUGGCGGCGCCCAAGGUGGAGGCGGACGUGGCCCUGCCCUCCGUGCAGGGCGACCUCAAGACCCCUGACCUCAGCAUUCAGCUGCCCGCCGCCGACCUGGAGGUCAAGGCCGGCCAGGUGGGCGUGAAGCUGCCCGAGGGCCAGCUGCCCGAGGGAGAGCUGGCCGCACAGGCUGCUGCAGGAGCCGGCCUGAAGGGCCACCUGCCCAAGGUGCAGAUGCCCAGCCUCAAGAUGCCCAAGGUGGACCUCAAGGGCCCGCACGUGGAGCUGAAGGGCCCCAAAGUGGACGUGAGGGGCCCCAAGGGCGAGCUGAGCGGCCCCGACGUGGACGUGAGCCUGCCCGGCGUGGAGGUGGACAUCCAGGCCCCGGGUGCCAAGCUGGAGGGGGACCUGGCACUGGCCGACAAGGACGCGGGCGCCAAAGACAGCAAGUUCAAGAUGCCCAAGUUCAAGAUGCCCUCCUUCGGCGUGUCCGCGCCUGGCAAGCCCUCCGUGGAGGCCUCGCUGGAGGUGGCGGCGCCCAAGGUGGAGGCGGACGUGGCCCUGCCCUCCGUGCAGGGCGACCUCAAGACCCCUGACCUCAGCAUUCAGCUGCGCGCCGACCUGGAGGUCAAGGCCGGCCAGGUGGGCGUGAAGCUGCCCGAGGGCCAGCUGCCCGAGGGAGAGCUGGCCGCACAGGCUGCUGCAGGAGCCGGCCUGAAGGGCCACCUGCCCAAGGUGCAGAUGCCCAGCCUCAAGAUGCCCAAGGUGGACCUCAAGGGCCCGCACGUGGAGCUGAAGGGCCCCAAAGUGGACGUGAGGGGCCCCAAGGGCGAGCUGAGCGGCCCCGACGUGGACGUGAGCCUGCCCGGCGUGGAGGUGGACAUCCAGGCGGGUGCCAAGCUGGAGGGGGACCUGGCACUGGCCGACAAGGACGCGGGCGCCAAAGACAGCAAGUUCAAGAUGCCCAAGUUCAAGAUGCCCUCCUUCGGCGUGUCCGCGCCUGGCAAGCCCUCCGUGGAGGCCUCGCUGGAGGUGGCGGCGCCCAAGGUGGAGGCGGACGUGGCCCUGCCCUCCGUGCAGGGCGACCUCAAGACCCCUGACCUCAGCAUUCAGCUGCCCGCCGCCGACCUGGAGGUCAAGGCCGGCCAGGUGGGCGUGAAGCUGCCCGAGGGCCAGCUGCCCGAGGGAGAGCUGGCCGCACAGGCUGCUGCAGGAGCCGGCCUGAAGGGCCACCUGCCCAAGGUGCAGAUGCCCAGCCUCAAGAUGCCCAAGGUGGACCUCAAGGGCCCGCACGUGGAGCUGAAGGGCCCCAAAGUGGGUGAGGGCCCCAAGGGCGAGCUGAGCGGCCCCGACGUGGACGUGAGCCUGCCCGGCGUGGAGGUGGACAUCCAGGCGGGUGCCAAGCUGGAGGGGGACCUGGCACUGGCCGACAAGGACGCGGGCGCCAAAGACAGCAAGUUCAAGAUGCCCAAGUUCAAGAUGCCCUCCUUCGGCGUGUCCGCGCCUGGCAAGCCCUCCGUGGAGGCCUCGCUGGAGGUGGCGGCGCCCAAGGUGGAGGCGGACGUGGCCCUGCCCUCCGUGCAGGGCGACCUCAAGACCCCUGACCUCAGCAUUCAGCUGCCCGCCGCCGACCUGGAGGUCAAGGCCGGCCAGGUGGGCGUGAAGCUGCCCGAGGGCCAGCUGCCCGAGGGAGAGCUGGCCGCACAGGCUGCUGCAGGAGCCGGCCUGAAGGGCCACCUGCCCAAGGUGCAGAUGCCCAGCCUCAAGAUGCCCAAGGUGGACCUCAAGGGCCCGCACGUGGAGCUGAAGGGCCCCAAAGUGGACGUGAGGGGCCCCAAGGGCGAGCUGAGCGGCCCCGACGUGGACGUGAGCCUGCCCGGCGUGGAGGUGGACAUCCAGGCCCCGGGUGCCAAGCUGGAGGGGGACCUGGCACUGGCCGACAAGGACGCGGGCGCCAAAGACAGCAAGUUCAAGAUGCCCAAGUUCAAGAUGCCCUCCUUCGGCGUGUCCGCGCCUGGCAAGCCCUCCGUGGAGGCCUCGCUGGAGGUGGCGGCGCCCAAGGUGGAGGCGGACGUGGCCCUGCCCUCCGUGCAGGGCGACCUCAAGACCCCUGACCUCAGCAUUCAGCUGCCCGCCGCCGACCUGGAGGUCAAGGCCGGCCAGGUGGGCGUGAAGCUGCCCGAGGGCCAGCUGCCCGAGGGAGAGCUGGCCGCACAGGCUGCUGCAGGAGCCGGCCUGAAGGGCCACCUGCAGGUGCAGAUGCCCAGCCUCAAGAUGCCCAAGGUGGACCUCAAGGGCCCGCACGUGGAGCUGAAGGGCCCCAAAGUGGACGUGAGGGGCCCCAAGGGCGAGCUGAGCGGCCCCGACGUGGACGUGAGCCUGCCCGGCGUGGAGGUGGACAUCCAGGCCCCGGGUGCCAAGCUGGAGGGGGACCUGGCACUGGCCGACAAGGACGCGGGCGCCAAAGACAGCAAGUUCAAGAUGCCCAAGUUCAAGAUGCCCUCCUUCGGCGUGUCCGCGCCUGGCAAGCCCUCCGUGGAGGCCUCGCUGGAGGUGGCGGCGCCCAAGGUGGAGGCGGACGUGGCCCUGCCCUCCGUGCAGGGCGACCUCAAGACCCCUGACCUCAGCAUUCAGCUGCCCUCGGCCGACCUGGAGGUCAAGGCCGGCCAGGUGGGCGUGAAGCUGCCCGAGGGCCAGCUGCCCGAGGGAGAGCUGGCCGCACAGGCUGCUGCAGGAGCCGGCCUGAAGGGCCACCUGCCCAAGGUGCAGAUGCCCAGCCUCAAGAUGCCCAAGGUGGACCUCAAGGGCCCGCACGUGGAGCUGAAGGGCCCCAAAGUGGACGUGAGGGGCCCCAAGGGCGAGCUGAGCGGCCCCGACGUGGACGUGAGCCUGCCCGGCGUGGAGGUGGACAUCCAGGCCCCGGGUGCCAAGCUGGAGGGGGACCUGGCACUGGCCGACAAGGACGCGGGCGCCAAAGACAGCAAGUUCAAGAUGCCCAAGUUCAAGAUGCCCUCCUUCGGCGUGUCCGCGCCUGGCAAGCCCUCCGUGGAGGCCUCGCUGGAGGUGGCGGCGCCCAAGGUGGAGGCGGACGUGGCCCUGCCCUCCGUGCAGGGCGACCUCAAGACCCCUGACCUCAGCAUUCAGCUGCCCGCCGCCGACCUGGAGGUCAAGGCCGGCCAGGUGGGCGUGAAGCUGCCCGAGGGCCAGCUGCCCGAGGGAGAGCUGGCCGCACAGGCUGCUGCAGGAGCCGGCCUGAAGGGCCACCUGCCCAAGGUGCAGAUGCCCAGCCUCAAGAUGCCCAAGGUGGACCUCAAGGGCCCGCACGUGGAGCUGAAGGGCCCCAAAGUGGACGUGAGGGGCCCCAAGGGUGUGCUGACCGGCCCUGAGUUUGAAGUAUCCUUGCCCAGUGUUCUUUCACCUGUUUCUUCUUCUUCACGUACAUUUGUGCAAUCUCAUGACUCUUCUGAUACUUCUGUUGACUCUUUUAAAGCUCAGAUUUUAUUUCCUAAGUUCUAUAAACCAAAAUUUGUGUUUUCCCUUCCACCAUCAUUAUCAGAAUAUGACUUGCCUGUUUCUGAGCAUGGCAUUCCCUCUUCCAUUAUUCCUCCCGCUAUUUCAGAUUCUUUAGGCUCCAUGGUUCCAUCUUCAGGUCCCCCUGUUUCUCCUGUUUUGGAUGAAUCCUCCAUUGACUUUGCCAUGACAUCGUCAUUUGAAGGAUCUGAUCAUGAAGGAAAGGGAAGUUCCUUCAAAUUGCCACGCAUCAAGCUCCCUCCAUUCAACUGGUCCCCGAAAAAGGAAGGAGGGUCUGCAAGUGAUUCUGAGUCCCUUCAGGCUGACCCUGUAACUGGUUUAGGCUUCUCUAUGAUUGAAACGGACACUCAAAUUGGGACAUGUUCUUCCCCAGUGGAGUCCCACCAGCCUGCAUCUAUGGAGAAGGAAACAGAGAAGGGGAGGACCCGGAAGCUGAGCUUUUCCAUGCCACGACUUGCACUACCCAAGAUAAAGGGCUCCAAGGGGCGGGCUGGCAUGCUCCAGGGAGAUGUGAAGCCCUCACUUACUGGUACCACAGCUGGAGUUGACUUGGUAGUCAUAGAAACCACUGUCAGUGAUACGCAUGUUGGGAGCACUCAUUCAACAGAUGUCACUCCAGCGCCCUGUGUCAUCUCCCCCUCCAUGACCUCAGGGGCGACUGACCUGGAUGUCAGAGGUGACAGCGAGAGUCAUAUGUUUGUGGGUGUGUCUGCAAGUGAGCCCCUUGGGGAACUGACAGCAUCUAUAACUGGAGACCGGCAGCCAUCCUGUAGACAAAGAGAUCAUGCCUCCACCACGGAAAGCCCUGAGAUGGAUCCCACAGCAAAGGAGAUGUCAACAGGCUCGCAUGAGCGCUGGUUCAAAAUGCCCAAGUUCCGAGUCCCUGGUUUUAGGCGCUCUUCCUCCAAGGAGCGGGAUGGGGCUGGAGAAGAGGAAGCCGCUCAGACCCAGACUCCUGUUGCCAGCGUGCCCUUAGAGGCAGAAGGAGCACUAGCCACUGUGCAGCUGUCCCACGCGCCCGAGCCGAAGGUAGGGGCACAUGUCUCCCUGGGGUCCCCGGAGGAAGGGACCAGUGUGAAGACCCCAGAAAGCCUGACGUAUGCAGAUGUUGUAAAACGUGAUCUCCAUGGAACAGGCCCUAGGCUGCACAGCUCCAUUGCUGGGAUGUCCGAGACACAUCUGUCCACCCCUGGGUCAGGGACGCAUCCAGCUAAGGACUCCUUCUCCCUUGAGAUGUCUGGUGUGAGAGUCUCAGAACCCCAACUUCCUCCAGAAGGAAUAGGAGGAAACAUUCUUGCUGAGGCGGAGGCUAGAACAGGAAGCUGGCCUUCCCAGCCGCAAGGGCCUCUGAGGCUGAAGGCUUCCCUCACUGAGAUGCCAUCCCAGGUCUCUGUGGUGAGCACAAGUCAGCUCUGGGAGGAUUCUGUGUUGACUGUAACAUUCCCCAAACUAAAGGUGCCCAAGUUCUCCUUCCAAGCCUCCAGCUCCGAGGCUGAUGUAUUCUUCCCCGUGGUGAGGGAGGUGCAGUGUACAGAGGCCAGCAUUGGCAGUGCCGUGCAUAAAGACAGCCCUGGGCUCUGGGAAGCCAGCAUUCUAAAAACGGGAGCUGAGGAUCCCAGAGCGCCACCAGCAAGCCUUGAGCAGUCCUUGGAAGCAUCCCCAAUUUCUAAGGUCAGAGUGCACAUUCAGGGGUCUCAAGGCGAGAGUCAAGAAGUCAUGAUCUGCAGCAGGGUGGAACGAGAGGGUGCGGAUUCCUCAGCACACGGAGCCUUUUCCACUCAGAUUGUGCGGGAGUCAGAGAUUCCUGCUUCUACAGUUCAGAUUCCUUCUUAUGGGUUUUCUUUGCUGAAAGUGAAAAUCCCAGACCCCCCUGUGCAGCCUAGUGUGUAUACUGUGGCUCCCGACUCCCAGGCGCAAGAGGGCUUGUGUGGAGCUCCCCUGCCAGCUGCUGGCGAUAUCCCUCCUGAUGCCGGCGAACCCUUCGAAAUGAUCUCUUCCAGUGUUGGCAUGCCGCCGCUAUCACCGGAAGUGCCUCCUGGGCCCCAGCUUGCAGACAGCACCUCUGAUGAAGAGCCAGCCGAGAUUCUUGAAUUUCCCGAGGACAGCCAGGAGGUAAAGACCCCUGAGAUGGCUACCAAACAGAAGUCAGAAGGUAAAAAGGCCAGCCUGUUGUGGUCCUGGCUUCCAAGCAUUGGCUUCUCCUCUGUGGAAGAGACGGCUGCUGAUUCCAGAGACGCCGCCCAAAGACCGGCUCCAGUCCACGUCCAGCCUGCAGCUCGGCCGGACCCUGACCUGCCCCGGAAACAGGAGAGGGCAGGCUGGUUCCGGUUUCCCAAGUUAGGAUUCUCCUCUUCGCCCACCAAGAAGAGCAAAAGCACUGAAGGUGAGGAAGGGCAGGCAGAGCAGAGACCCCAGGAAGAAACUAUCACCUUUUUUGACGCUCGAGAAAGCUUCUCUCCCGAGGAAGGGGAGGAGGAGGAAGCCGAGACAGAGGUGACCAAUGCCAGGCCCAGCUCCAAAGCGAUGGUGGCGUCCUCUGCAAGAACAGAACUAGUACUGUUGGAACAGACUAAAGACACCCGUGACAAAUCUGCACCCAGGCCUGUGGCCCAGUGAGGGCCGGAGGUCAGAGUCAGUGCAAGUGACAAGCUAAGCUAAAAGCCAGGAGCUGGGCACCGCGAAAGCACCCUCCCCUAGGAUGCAUGUUGUCCACCUUGAUCCACAGACUCGAAAACAGCGCAGAAAUGAAUAGUGCGUCUGUCACAUCACACAGCCCUCCUACAUGAAACCGAAAAUAACGCUAGCUGCUUCCGAGCCUUGGAAGCAAUGAAGGCCGCAAGUUACUGCUGGAGAACUCCGCUGGCCUUUGUGGGGUAAGUCGCAAGAGGCCACCCAAUGCCAGGAGAGCACCAUUGCCUCGGACGCUCCCGUGUCUGUGAGUUGAAGCAGCUUUUGGUGUGACCUCUGCCGCACUGUCGCUGUAUCCUGGUGAGCUCGGUUUUCCUGUCAGGCAGAACGCGGUGCGGCCUGGGAAAGCCCUUGCCCUGUUGCUCACGAACUUCCUCCUUUGUUGACCGUUUUCACUACUGGCAAGCUUUGGGACGUUGGCUGUGGUGACGUUCACCCAGCCGCCUCUCUCCACUCCGCCGCUGCAGCCUCGCAGCCAAACUCCGGACGGUUGUGUUACAUUCUCAGCGCCCUAUGCAUUCUCCUCACACAAGAUAGGUCACGUAGUUUCUUUUAGGCUGGUGUGUGUAGCAGAAGGGUCUGAGCGGUGGCUGACUGCGCUCAGUGAUAACUGUGGGUUAUCUGCGACCCAGUACAUCGCAGACACGGGUCUGCUGUUACUGUCUGUUGGUAUGUGUCUCUCUGUCUACCUGUCUGCCGGUGUCAACCGUUUUCCCAGGUGUGUACAAGCCCUUUGCUCUGGCUCCUGAGCACCUCGUGAACGGAUUGCGGCCCAUACAGACAGUCCCACGCAGCCACCUCCUACUGAGCAAUAAAGAGAAUAUGCACCCAG